AUGAGAAAGCGCAUCAACGAGCUCGAUCAUCUCAUCCAAGCACAGGAGCGUGAACACAAGACGAUCGUCAGCAAGCGUGCCGAACUGGAGCACGAGUUUGUUGAUUGCACUUUCAUUUUAUACAAGCUAAAAGAAGAGACGAUUCAACUGAAAGAAAAACUUGCAUAUUUUGAACUUCAAGGCCAGGGCAGUGCGAAGGCUAUCGAGAAUGGGCUGGAGCCUCAUUCCAAACAGACGUUGUCGACUCGAAAUCGCUCAUCGAUUGGCCUUAUGCCCGUCACUCGAGGAUCUGGACAACAAGACAAAUAUGACAAAUACGGACGACUACGCGAAUUGCACGAACGAAACGUUUUGGCUCGACCCCAUCUCAAAGAGUCUUAUUUCAUCGAAGCACAAUCGCCCACUUCUUACGCAGUUCUCAGGGGCAAGACUCCCAAACAAAGUAAA